CCCCUGGGCGCCCCGUUGACCCGGCCCCGCUCCCCUGGGCGCCCCGCCGACCCCGCCCCGCUCCCCUGGGCGCCCCGCCGACCCCGCCCCCCGCCCACAGGCGACGCCAGCGAGAGCGCGGAGGACAUCUUCUUCCGGCGCGCCAGGGAGGGCAUGGGGCAGGACGAGGCGCAGUUCAGCGUGGAGAUCCCGCUGUCGGGCAAGGCCUACCUGUGGGCCGACAAGUACCGGCCGCGCAAGCCGCGCUUCUUCAACCGCGUGCACACGGGCUUCGAGUGGAACAAGUACAACCAGACGCACUACGACUUCGACAACCCGCCGCCCAAGAUCGUGCAGGGAUACAAGUUCAACAUCUUCUACCCCGACCUCAUCGACAAGCGCGCCACGCCCGAGUACUUCCUGGAGGCCUGCGCCGACAACCGCGACUUCGCCGUGCUGCGCUUCCACGCGGGGCCGCCCUACGAGGACAUCGCCUUCAAGAUCGUCAGCCGCGAGUGGGAGUACUCGCACCGCCACGGCUUCCGCUGCCAGUUCGCCAACGGCAUCUUCCAGCUCUGGUUCCACUUCAAGCGCUACCGCUAUCGGCGCUGACCGGCGGGCGGGCGGACAGACGGACAGCCCGGGACAGGCCCCGCCACCCCCGCCUGGAAUAAAGGGAGUUUGGGGGACGCCGGCCUCUUCUCCCCUCCGCGGGCCGCUGCCCGGGCCCGAAUCCCCUCCCGGGUGGUCCUCUCCCCUGGGAAGCGAGGGGCCCGGCAAACCUGCCCCGGUACCUCGAGGGGCAGGUGGGUCCAGCCGGCCGAGGACCAGAGGGGGAUCUCCAGAACCAGCGGAAGCUCGGCAUCCGCGGACCACCCUGCUUCACGGACGGGCUGACCGAGCCCCACGGCCCGGCCCGGGGCAGGAGGGGCCUGGACAGGCACGCCUCAGGCUGGCGGUAGGGACGGGAAGCCCAUGUCCCAUCCCUAAGACGUCGCAGGCCCUGGCACCUCCCGCGGACAGAGCCCGAGGUGGGCGCUGCUACCAGUGGACCUGGGUUCCAGGCCCUUCCGUCAGUCAGCCUCCUCAGCGCUGGAAGAGACGGCCACCACGGCACUGGGCACUGCACGCUCCUCAUGCCCAAUCGGAAGGGAUCACUGGAGGGACACUCAGCCCAGCGGGGACGGGGCCACCCUCGAAGGGGUCGUGGGGACACACAUCAUCACCCACCACUCAGGACUCCUGUCUGGUCGGGGUGGGGACGGGGGGUUCCUGAGACGUCCCUCCCCGGGGGCCGAGCACACAGCCUGGUACGGGGCAGGGACGGGGAGCAGCUGCAGAUGAAACGCCAGCUUGUGGGUUCAGCAGGCACCUGGCAGCCCCUGACACCCUCACCCCCCCGACCUGGUGCCCCAAGGGGGAAAGUCACGUUCCCGCCGCCACACAGAUCUGCAGCACCGGGCCAGCGGGUGAUUCCAGAUACCUGGUGCCCUUAGCUUCUUACCACGGAGGUGCACCCACCACCCCACUUCCCGUCCCGCCCUCAGAGGGCCCCAACGGCCGCCCCCUCCCACCUUUUGAUGCAAAACCCGGAUACACCCUUUUUCAUCGGAAA